CACACAAAUAACGGAUAACGCACACGCACUCUCUCCUUCUCCCUCUCAUCCGCACACACAAAUGAGAAGGUGAGUGAAUUGCAGAGAGAGCUUCCGACAAUCAAUCAAUCCAUCCAUCGAUGGCGAAAUCUCUCAUUUCAUCUCCUUCAUCCUUCGUCGGAACACCUUUCCCCUCACUUUAUCGCCAUGGACGCCUUUCUCCCAGGACUAAGCUUAUAUCUACCAGAGUGAAAUUCAGUUUUAACGGACUUCCUCCAAUUUCUUCAUUCGAUGCCGUCUCUAUCGAUUUCGCAGCAAUCGCUACCCGUGCGGAGAGUCUUAUGUAUACUUUGGCUGAUGCGGCGGUUGCUGUUGAUCCCGCUGCUUCUGCUUCCGGGGAAUCGGCUACUACCACCGUGCAGAAGUCCGGGGGAUGGUUCGGUUUUAUAUCCGAUGCUAUGGAAGUUGUUUUGAAGGUACUGAAAGAUGGAUUGACUGCCGUUCAUGUGCCAUAUUCCUAUGGAUUUGCAAUUAUAUUGCUGACUGUUCUUGUCAAGGUUGCAACCUUGCCAUUGACAAAGCAACAGGUCGAGUCAACUCUGGCAAUGCAAAACCUCCAGCCAAAGCUCAAAGCAAUUCAACAAAGAUAUGCAGGAAAUCAGGAAAGAAUACAACUUGAGACAUCACGUUUAUACAAACAGGCAGGGGUCAAUCCUUUGGCAGGAUGUUUACCUACUUUGGCCACAAUACCCGUAUGGAUAGGCUUGUAUCAAGCUCUUUCAAAUGUUGCAAAUGAGGGACUUUUCACGGAAGGUUUUUUCUGGAUUCCCUCUUUGGGAGGGCCCACAACAAUUGCUGCUCGCCAAAGUGGAUCAGGCGUUUCUUGGCUCUUUCCAUUUGUGGAUGGACAUCCACCUUUGGGUUGGCAUGACACAGCAGCCUACCUUGUAUUACCUGUACUUCUUGUUCUUUCUCAAUAUGUAUCAAUGGAGAUCAUGAAGCCACCCCAAACUGAUGAUCCAACUCAGAAAAACACACUUCUUAUCUUCAAGUUCCUUCCUCUCAUGAUUGGCUAUUUUUCUUUAUCUGUCCCAUCAGGAUUAUCAAUUUACUGGUUUACAAACAAUGUGCUGAGUACAGCUCAGCAAGUAUGGUUAAGAAAAUUGGGAGGUGCAAAGCCUGUUGUGGAUGAGAAUGCAGGUGGAAUAAUAAGUGCGGGUCGUGCAAAAAGAUCAUCUUCUCAACCAUCAGAGUCCUCUGGUGCUAGGUUUAAACAGCUAAAGGAAGAAGAAAAGAGAAAAUCAAAUAAGGCACUGGCUGAACCAGAUGUUCAGGUUUUGGCAUCAUCUACAUCUGAUUCUGAAGAAGACGACACUGAUGAAGACACAACAAAGUCCACGGAGGUUUUGGAAGAGGCGUACGCAUCUAGCACAACAAAACCAGUUCCGGAUUAUUCUGGGCCAAGGAGGAGUAAGAGAUCAAAGCGAAAGCGUUCUGUAUGAUACCAUUUGUUACAUGUAUGUGGUGUGUAGCUCUAAUUUUGAACCCCAUAUUUUGUAAAAUCUCAUAUUUUAGUUGAUAUAUAGCUGUCAUUUUUUGCGGCUC